GCGGCGCGCACAAGUCUUUCUCCUGGUGUGGCGAACUUAGGGCGGAAGAGAUGCCGCCCCUGAGAGGCCUCCCCGCGGGCCUCGGAGCGCUCGGCCGCGCCGGCACCAUGGAGAGCGAAGGCGGGAGCUCGGCGGCUGUUCUUGCCGUCGUGACUGAACGUCGGUUUGCCCAGCGAUACCGGGAAUAUCUGGAGCAGUGCGAGCUCUUGGAUCGCCGGCACCGUGUGGCAACCGUGGCCGGCGGCGCCGUGGCGAUCCCGGUGCUGGGGGAGACCCUCCCCGAGCCGCACCUGCAGGAGCUGAGGACUCGCGUGGGCCCGGGGAGCUCUUGUGUGCCCACGCGGCUCCCGCAUCCCGCCCCUUCCAAGAAGGCCUGGGGAUGUUCGCCUGCCCAGAGACUGUGUCGUGAGUUGAGAUGCUGGGCUGAGCGCCGGGGAAUGACAUGGUCAGCCGAGUUAGAGGCCGAUUUGCCCCGAUCUUGGCAACGGCAUGGUGACCUCUUGUUGCUGAAUGGAGACUGUUUCCGAGCCAAGCCAUGGGAAAGUCUGGAACCAGAACUCUGGGAGGUUGUUGCCUCGGCCCUUGGUGUCCAGCGUUUGGCCAAACGAGGACGGGUGUUACCUGAUGGCACGCGAACGCCAGCAGUGACACUGUUGCUAGGUGACCACGGCUGGGUAGAGCACGUGGAUAAUGGUAUCCGUUAUAAGUUUGAUGUGACUAAGUGCAUGUUCUCCUUUGGAAACAUCACCGAGAAGCUGCGGGUGGCAUCGCUGCCCUGUGCUGGGGAAGUGGUGGUGGAUCUCUACGCUGGGAUCGGUUAUUUUACAUUGCCUUUCUUGGUCCACGCUGGUGCUGCUUUCGUCCAUGCCUGUGAGUGGAACCCCCACGCUGUAGCUGCGCUGAGAAAUAACCUGGAGCUCAAUGGAGUAGCAGAUCGGUGCCAAAUACACGUUGGGGAUAACCGGAAACUAAAACUUUCAAGCGUUGCAGACAGGGUGAACCUGGGGCUGAUCCCCAGUUCAGAGGAAGGCUGGCAGGUAGCCUGCCAAAUGCUCCGACAGGAGACUGGGGGCAUUUUGCAUAUCCACCAAAACGUGGAGUCUUUCCCAGGAAAGAAUCUUCAGACACAGGGAAGCAACCAAAUGGAGAAAGAACACAGGCCAUAUCCUCAGCAGAUUAUCACCAACGAAUUGGAAAAUAGAGAUUCCAGGGAUUCUAUGAGAAAAAUAACAUCAUCAGCUACUAAGCUAGAGUGGCAGAAGUGGGCAGAAUCUGCAGAAACCCGAAUUGCCAGUCUUCUUCAGCAGGUGCAUGGAAAACUGUGGAAAACACAAAUCCUGCACAUCCAACCAGUGAAAUCCUACGCUCCACAUGUGGCUCAUAUAGUGCUGGAUCUGGAAUGCCGCCCCUGUCCUGUAGUUGGUUAGAGGAGGUACAUCCAGUAACUCAAGGGAUCCAUGUGAGUGGCCCUUCAUGCUUCUGUUCAGGAUAAGUUCUCACCCCUUUUAUUUCCUGGUGGUGGUAGUGGUGGUGGUGGUGGUGGUGUGUCCUGUUAGCAGGCUGUAGAUCACAUCAAAUUAUCAAUGAAAUUGGGCACGCUGAGCAAGUAUUUGAGAAAACUAGUGUGGCUCAUAAGAAGCUCAUUUGUGCAAUCAUGAACUGUGAAUUAAAUGCCUUAGGUAUGCGGUUUUGCUAUUCAUUUGGUCGUGGACUUCCUUAUUUCCAAAUAAGGAAUUUCUUUGGAAACCCCCUGGUGAACAAUAUUAAGGACCAUAAAAGAAGAUAUAGCAGGGCUGAGAGUGUAGCUAGUGAUAAGAGUGGUGGAGACAGAAAUAGGAUCAAAAGUCUGAAUGCUCAGAAAACGAGUCAUCCUUGGACAGUUUGGAACUGAGGAGGCAGUGAUGUGUGUUGAAGAGGUAUGCGUUGUCAUGAGGACUAAAAGGCACUAUGUGUAAAUUCGCUGGGAAAUGUUAGCUCUCAUGUGAUCCUACUGUAGAAAGCAGCCUGCCUAUUUCUAUGUCUCUGGAUGCCUUCCUGUGUUUUCCCUAAUCAUUUGCUUAGCUACAUGCUUUCUUUUCACUUGUGUGCUUACAAAUCACUGUAUUCAAACUAAAAUGAUAAGGAGGGCAACCUGGGGACUUGAGCCAAAAUGGGGAAAAUGAAUCAAGAGAGCAACAUUUGAGGAUUAAGGAUUGCCUUUUUGACCUAGGUUGUAGACAAGGAGUUGGUGUAAGAUACAGCUGGUCAAAUUCACUUGA